AUGAAGGUCCAAUUGCUUCUCGGCGCCCUGCUGCCUCUUGUCUCUGCCCACUUCGAGCUCGUCUACCCUGCCGCUCGUGGUUUCGAUGAGGACAACCUUGGUCAGUUCCCCUGCGGUGGCCAGAACACCGUCACCACAAACCGCACCGAGUUCCCCAUCACCGGCGCACCCAUCCAGCUUCUCAUGGGCCACACUUCAGCCAAGGUCCAGGUGUUGCUGGCUCUUGGAAACGACCCCGGCUCCAACUUCAACAUCACUCUUCUCCCUACCUUCCAGGAGAAGGGUCCCCAGAACUUCUGCAUUGGCGCUGGUGCUCUGCAGUUCCCUGCUGGCUUGAACAUUACCGAGGGUAUGAAUGCUACCAUUCAGGUUGUUACCAACGGUGACCCUUCGGGCGGUCUCUACAACUGCGCCGACAUCACCUUCACCUCAACCCAACUCUCUGCUUCCGACUACAGCUCGCACUGCUCCAACAGCACUGGCGUCACAGUCUCCGCUCUGACCAACGCUGGCAAUGCCAACUCGUCCACCUCGGACUCCACCACCAGCGCCGCAGCUUCAGGCUCUACUUCUGCCGCCGCUUCCGCCGCAUCUGGCACUUCCACCGGCGCCGCUGCCCAGGCCACCUUUGCUGGUUUCGCUCUGGGUGCUAUGGGCGUCCUUGCCGGUAUGGCUGCUCUGUAA